AUGGAUUUAUUUAAAGUAGAUAGUGCUUAUGUUAAUAUAAAUUAUGAUAUAACUUUUACAUGUUUAUUAAAUGAUGAUUUUUAUAUCUGUUCAAAAGAUGGCCACAUAUAUAAAUAUCAAAUAAGGAGAAAUAAAGAAAAUUCUAAAGUUGAAUUGAAAUAUGAGGAAAAUUAUUUAAUUAAGGGAAAUAAAAUAAUAAAUAAAAUUGUAAUAAAUGAAAAUGAAUCUGCAAUAAUUAUUUUGGUAGAUGAUUUUCUAUAUCUUGUAAAAAAUUUUAAUUUUCAAGUACUAAAUUUAAUUAGUAAGCAUGUUUCCUCGUUUUAUGUUAAUGAAAGUAAUAAAUCAGAGUUAUUAGUAGUUUCUAAAAAAAAGUUAUAUUUUUAUAAAUAUGAAAAUGAAACUUAUAAAGCAUUUAAAGAAAUGUAUUUUUCUGAUAAUAUAUUAUCCAUCUUAUGGGUAAAGCAAUCAUUAUUCUUAACUCUAAAUAAAAAAUAUUAUUUAUUAAAUUUAAAAAAUAAUGAAAAAGUUCUUUUAUAUAGCCAUGAAUAUUCUCAAACUUAUAAAUAUAUAACAUUAAUUAAUAUGAAUGAAAUAUUUAUCGUAUGUGAUUUAAAUAUUGGGGUAUUUUAUGAUAUAAAUACCUCAAUGCCUUCAAAAAAAAAUACAAUAACUUUAUCAGAUAACAUUAAACACAUUGCUGCUUUUCAUUUCUUUUUAUGUUGUUUAAAUUCAAAAGGAAUAAUAAAUUUUUAUAAUAUAAAUAAUCAACAACAUGUGCAAUCUAUCGACUUAAACGACUACUUAGAUAUAGUUAUUAACUAUAGUAACAUGAGUAAUAGCUUAUUUUCCUUAUUCGAAUUUUCUAGCAGUAAGGAAAAAAGUAAUAAUAGUUUUAUUGAAGAAAAUAUAGAAAAAAAGUUCAAAUCAGGAAAAUUAGAUGAUAAGGAUUUUGAAGAAAACAAAUUAGAUGAUUUAAGUAUGUUAUCAAAAACAAAAACUUAUAAUUAUUUACAAAAUAAUAUUUAUUUGAUAAAUAACAAAAGUUUAAAAAUUAUUGGCUGUAUAGAAUUAUAUAAAUAUUUAUAUAUGUGUAUUGAACAAAAACAAAUAGAAAAAGGUUUUUUAUUAAUUGAAAAUUAUAAUUUCGAAAAAGAAUCUGACAGAGUUAAUAUUUUAAGUGAAUAUAAUAAAGCAUGUGCCUAUUAUUAUUUCAAAAAUUUAAAUUUUUCAUUAGCAUUUUUACAUUUUGAAAAAACAGAUAUUAAUAUCUUUUUUUUAUUAUUUUUUUGGGUUAAUGAUUUUUCCAUAGAAUGCAAAAGAAGAAUACAAAAUGAAGAAAAAACCCAAAUAGAAGAAAAUAUAAAUAAACAUUUUAAUUUAUUUUUGCCAUCUUUGUGUACUAUAGAAGAAUUAAUAGAUCAUAAUUAUUCAAGUUACAUUAAUGAAAAAAAUGAUUUAUUUAUUGAAGAAGCAGAAAAAAAUAGUACUUUAUCUAAUGAGAAAGAUGAAAUAAAGAAAAAAAUAUUAUAUACUGCAAAUAAUUGUUUAAUUAAAUAUUUACUAUCUAAAAGAGGUUAUAUAUAUGAAAAUAAAGAAAAUAUAGCAAUAUGCUUGAAUAACUCAAAAAAGCAGAUAGAUACAAGCCAUAAGGAUAAUAAUUAUUAUUUAUACAUUCACGAUUUAAUUGAUAAUAUUUUACUGAAAUUGAUGAUUAAAAACAAUUACAUUAAUUAUUCUAAUUUCAUUAUGAAAACAAAGAAUUUAAAUAUAAAUAUUGAUGAAUGUGUAGAUUUUUUACAAAGUAGAUAUAAAUUUAUUGAAAUUGUUUUGAUAUAUAUAAGAUUUGAAUAUUAUGAAAAGGCUAUUGAAAUGUGUUAUUUUAUACUUCAAUAUUAUAAUAAAAAAAAUGAGAUAAAUGAAGAAAAUUUUAAAAAUGAAACGUCAAAUGAAACAGGAAAUGUAAACGAUUAUGUAAAAAACACAGAACUGGAGAAUGAAAAAAAUGAUAAAUAUUUAUUUUGGAUAAAGUUUUUAGAAAAACAAAAUUUCAAAAGUAAAAUAGAUAAAAAUAAUUCAUUAAAUGCUAUUUUAAAAGAAAUAUAUAAUAUAUUAAUUAUUCUAAAUGAUAAUGUCCAUAUGAUAAAUAUAGGGCAAAGCAAAAUAAAAAAAUUAUUUGAAUGCUCAUUUCCCUUUUUAAUUAAACAUAAUGAAAAUUUAUUUUUUGAUUUUAUAAUAAAUAAAAAUUUUUUAUUACGCCCUGAUGAGAUAUUAAAUAUAUUUAAAAAAUUAGAAAAAAGUAAAAUAUCAAAUAUAAAGAUUAAAUAUUAUAUACAAAAAUAUGUUAUAAGCUAUUUGAAAUAUGAUAAAUACAAUGAAAACAUUAAUACUGCUUUAGCCGAAUCGUAUAUAAAUGAUACGGAAAAGAGUCUAUUUUACAGGAAAAGAAAACUACUUAAGAUUCUCUACUCUAACUAUCCUAUUGAUACAAGUUACCUAAUUCAAAUAAUAAAAGACCCCAAACUUAAUUUAGUUAAGGCUAUAUUAUAUGGAAAAAUACACAGACACUAUGAUAGUCUUGCAAUUUUGUCAGAAGAGAACUUUCUAAUGUGUGAAAAAUAUUGCCAUUAUUAUAAUUUUUUACUAAAAAAAAUUUUUAAAAAAAUUAGUGAGGAAGAUUAUGAGAAAAUUUUUUUUGGAAUAUAUAAUAAUGAUAAAACAGUAUAUUAUGAAUUACUAAAAAAAAACAGAGAAAUAGAACUUGAAUCAUCUACACAUUUUUUUAAAAAAAAAAAUAAAAAAAUAAGUGGAAAUUUUAUUAAGGAUAUAAUUAAGGAAUAUCACAAGUACAGUUACGUUAGUAUGAAUAAAAGUAUCAAGACAAAAAUGAAAAAAAAAAAAAAAGGAAAAAAAAAUAGUGAAAAUGAAGAGGAGAAAGAAGAUGAAAAAGAAAAAAAAAAGAAUGAAUUUGAUUAUAUGUUGCAUCUUAUUAAAGAGCAAGAAAGCAAUUCAAGCGAUGAUAUAACAAAUUUUAAUGAAAAUUAUUUUAUAGAUAAUUAUUCAAAUGAUUCAUUUGAAGAAAUGAAUUCUGAUUUUUCUUGUAAUUCAGUAUCUGAUUUCAGUGAUAAUAGUAAUAUACCAAAUUUUAAUAUCAGUGAGAAUAUAACUAAAAAAAAAAAAGAAAAUGAAAUAAAAAAACAGAAGAAAGAUUCAUAUGAAAAAUUAUUUGGUGAUAAACACAAGAAUAGAGAAAUAGAUUUAUUAAGUUAUUUCAAAGUUUACGAAAAUUCUAAAAAUCGUUCUGCUGGUUUUUUCUUUUUACUUGUUAAAGUUUACAUUGAUAAAUAUAAUGAACCCAAGUUAAGUGAUGAAAAAAAACAACAAUACAAAAAAUAUAUUCUCUAUAUAUUAAAUAAAUACUCUAAUCAUGAUGAUUUUGAUAAUAUAUAUAUAUUUAAAAUAAUUCCAGAAAAAUGGAAAAUUUCAGAAAUAUCAAGUUUUGUAAAUUUUAAUUUGAAAAAAAAAUUAAAUAUAAAUAUGAAUUUACAAGUCUAUCAUAAUUUAAUAAAAAGUCAUUAUUUAAACAUUUCUUACGAUUUAAUAAAAAAAAAGGAAGAAAGAAUUCUAAUCAAUGACAAAAUAAUUUGCAAUGUUUGUAAUACACCUAUAGUUGAGAAAAGCUUUGCUUACUUUUCAGAGAAAUUAAUAAUUCAUAUAUACUGCUUAGAAAAAUAUGAUGAGGAAAAUUACAACUGA